GCCUGGGAGAGCUUUCCUGGCUGGCCCUGAGCUUCGGGACGGAUUGAACCGCUGCUACAACCAGAGCGCUGCCCGGAGGAGGAACGCCCUAAAGAGGAGGGGAGGGAAGAGAGAGAAAGAGAGAGAGGGAGAGACGGAGAGGAGAGGAGAGGCGAGGCGAGCCAGCUAGCCAGCCAGCCGGGCCGCCGGAGGCGGAGAGGGGAGGAAGAGAGGGAACUCGAGAGAGGGAUUGGGAGCGAAAGCAAGCCAGGGACAGAGAGAGGGUCGCGCUCACUUCUCCGCCAAGUGCCAACUUUCCCUGGAGAGAGUGUGCAGGGGCGCGGACCUUCCUCUGGGGAGAAAGCCAGCCCAACUUGAGAUUGGAGAGAAACGGGUUCUAUCCCUUUCCCUCCCCCUUGAUUCUGACCCCCUCCCCCCAAUAAAGAGGGGGGGAAAUCAUCCUCUUUACAACCUGAUCUGUCCCCAUUCCCUGGCACCAUGAAGGCGGCCGUCGAUCUCAAGCCGACUCUUACCAUCAUCAAGACAGAGAAAGUGGACCUGGAGCUUCUCCCUUCCCCCGAUAUGGAAUGUGCAGAUGUUCCUCUCUUAACUCCAAGCAGUAAAGAAAUGAUGUCACAGGCACUGAAAGCCACUUUCAGUGGUUUCACUAAAGAGCAGCAACGGCUGGGAAUUCCCAAAGAUCCCCGGCAAUGGACAGAAACCCAUGUUCGGGACUGGGUAAUGUGGGCAGUGAAUGAGUUCAGCCUGAAAGGUGUGAACUUUCAGAAGUUCUGCAUGAGUGGAGCUGCCCUUUGUGCAUUGGGCAAAGACUGCUUUUUGGAACUGGCCCCUGAUUUUGUUGGGGACAUUUUAUGGGAGCAUCUAGAAAUUCUACAGAAAGAGGACAUGAAGCCAUAUCAAGUUAGUGGAGUCAACUCUACCUAUCCAGAGACCCGCUAUACCUCGGAUUACUUCAUUAGUUAUGGUAUUGAGCAUGCUCAGUGUGUUCCUCCAUCAGAGUUCUCAGAGCCCAGCUUCAUCACUGAGUCCUACCAGACACUGCACCCCAUCAGCUCUGAGGAGCUCCUCUCCCUCAAAUAUGAGAAUGACUACUCCUCAGUCAUCCUCAGCAGGGACCCUCUCCAGGCAGACGCCUUGUCUACUGACUAUUUCACAAUCAAACAAGAAGUUGUAACCUCAGACAACAUGUGUAUGGGGAGGACCAGUCGUGGUAAACUUGGAGGCCAGGACUCCUUUGAGAGCAUAGAGAGUUAUGACAGCUGCGACCGCCUUACCCAGUCCUGGAGCAGUCAAUCAUCCUUCAACAGCCUCCAGCGUGUCCCCUCCUAUGACAGCUUCGAUUCAGAGGACUAUCCUGCUGCCCUGCCCAACCACAAACCCAAGGGCACCUUCAAGGACUAUGUGCGUGAUCGUGCUGAGCUCAACAAGGAUAAGCCCGUCAUUCCUGCGGCUGCUCUGGCAGGCUACACAGGCAGUGGACCAAUCCAGCUGUGGCAGUUUCUUCUGGAGUUACUCACGGAUAAAUCCUGUCAGUCAUUUAUUAGCUGGACAGGAGAUGGCUGGGAAUUCAAGCUCUCUGACCCAGAUGAGGUGGCCAGGAGAUGGGGCAAAAGGAAAAACAAGCCUAAGAUGAACUACGAAAAACUGAGCCGAGGCCUUCGUUACUACUACGACAAAAACAUCAUCCACAAGACGGCGGGUAAACGCUACGUUUAUCGCUUUGUCUGUGACCUGCAGAGCCUGCUUGGGUACACGCCUGAGGAACUCCAUGCCAUGUUAGAUGUCAAACCUGAUGCAGAUGAGUGACAGAGAUAGAAGAAAAUGGAGAGAACUUUGCUGAAGCAUUUCAAAGAUCAACUGCAUCAGUCGGACUCUUGAUUUUAAAUUGUUGUUAUGUUUUUUUGUUUUUGUUUUUAUUAUUAUUGUUUUCCAGACAUGAGGAAACUCAGUUUUUACAUUCAGGGGUGGGAAACUGAGCCGAAGCUAUAACUGAUGGUGGUAUGGCCACCAAAGAAAAGCAAGGAAGGACUUCUGAACUAGGCAAGGACAGAUUUUUAAGGGGAAGGGAGGGUCUUCAUAGAAGCCAGAAGAAUCUGGUUUAAAUGAGGAAAACAGUCCAAUAUUGAAUCAUUUAUAGAAACCAUUCAUUGAAAAGAUGCCACUUUGGUUAUGGCCUUAUUAAUAAGCAAAAGAAACUGACACUUCAGGAAGUCAAAAGACUGAUGAAAGGGUAGAUUUUUUUUAAGGGCUGGGAGGGCAAAAAGGGUGGGAUAGAAGGUUCUGUUCUGGUGAUGGACCUUGGAAAAACACAAGAAUUUUACUAUUUGCCUUUUACUCUGCUUUUGGAGCAAAAAAUGGACUUCAGUGGGGAGGGGACCAAAGUUUUUUUUUGUGUUUAAAAUUUAUUUUAUUAAAUUUUGUGCCAGUAUUUUUUUUUUCUUAAAAAUCGUCUUAAGCUCUAAGGUGGUCUCAGUAUUGCCAUUCUGUGCGAGUUUGUUCUAUGUGCCGGCUGAGAAUUCGGUCACAGUGAAAGAAAACUAUUUAUAUAGACCCCACUGGAAAAGUGUAGCGUUGUCAUUGAGAUUCAGAAGUCCAAAAUUUAAGACCUGCAGAUGUAGGAAAAAUAAGGCUGAUUUGGAUGUCAGGGAUGGAAAAUGUUCUUCGGUGCAUGUGAAUCUCACCCGUGAAUAUUUCUUAUCAUCACAUCCAUUUUCUCAUUUGCCAUUAGCAGACUCUUGGGGUUUGGACUUAAUGCAGAACUAAGAAAAUCAUUAAGUCUUUUAACUGAAUGUAUUACACAGCUGUAACCUGGAACUGUAGUAAUUGUAGUAGCACUGGCCUAGUAGUAGAAAAGAAAGUGAGAGGGGAAGAUGAAUUUGGAGAUAGUUCCCUGUUAGUUCUCAAUUGUAUAUGUAGAUUAAAAAAAACAAAGGUGUAGGCAUGUAAGAUAGCUAUCAGAUCUAGAGAAAUGAGUUCUGAGUGCAUCGAGGUCCUAGCCAUCCACCUAAGCACCCCCACCCCUAAACCCUCCAGGCUGGGAUCAUCACACAUAAUUCUUCUGUUGUCUCCUCUCUCUCCCUCCCCUUCCAUCCCCCCAUUUCUCAGUAAGGAGAAAGUUGUAAUUUACUAAAUAAUGAAUGGGAGGAAGCUACAGGAGAGAGGUAAGAUCUGGAGAUUUUUCUAAUUAAGCCAUUUUGGCUGGUUGAGUUUUAGCAAGGAGGGGAGUUAUAGAAGUUUAGAUAGCAGUGCGUAGCAAACAGCUUGGUGUAGAAUUCCACAGGGGGAAAAAGCCUGAGGCCUUCCUUUAAAGAAAUGAGGUCAGCUGAGUCUAGGGAUGUUAAGCAUGUAGUCAGUAUGGGCCUUCUUAGGGCCUGGUCCUUGGAUAUGUUAUCUUGUUACAGAAGAAGUAAGGAUGGAUAGAUGGUGUAGAGGAGAGGAAAGGUUUGCAUGGGAGCAUGAUGGGAGGAGACUAGAUUUAGUAAGAAAAGGUAAUCCGUGUGUUGUAAGAGAACACCUCUCCCUUCCCCAUGGGACCCCAAGAGUUCAGUGCUUUCCAUUUUUUUUUACUUGGGCAUUGCCCUUGAGAAUCAUUGUCUCAAUCUUGGGUGAAAAUGUGGUUGUUAGGGGGGAAAUAAGCAGCUAGUUAGAAAAAAAAAAGUGCCUGAUGUUAGUAUAGUACCUUGAUGGAUACCUGAUAAACAAGAUGAUGAAGGAAAAAAAUGAAAGGAGGACUUGAGUUUAGCUUUUAGAAUGAGAAUGGAAAAAAAAAAUUCAAGAUGGGUUGCUUCCAGGCCAGCCCUUUCUAGACUCUCAAUGAGGAAUUGGAUGUUUAAACUACCUUGUGGUAUAUAUCCAAGGAAAGAGAAGACUUACUCUUAGGUCAGCUCCCAAAGCCUGGAUCAUCAAAAAAGGGGCUUUGUGAUUGAUCCAUGACUGUCCCAAGCUUGCUAAGGUGAAGACAGGAAGUGGUGGACAAAGUGAAGUUAUGUCAGGCCAUUAUGCAUUUUGCCUGUUAUGCCAGGUGCCUUAAAAAAGUUCCCAUUGUGAUUUUUGGGGCUGCUCAGGGAGGUCUUUGGUGGAACAAGUUGGACUAUGUUGCUUUCCCCCACAUUUUAUUGUCUUGUUGGUCACUGGCAAAGCGCUCUCUCUCUCUCUCUCUCUCUCUCUCUCUCUCUCUCUCUCUCUCCCCUCUCCUUCUGUGUGUGUGUGUGUGUGUGUGUGUGUGUGUGUGUAUUCGCAUGUGCUAUAAAAUUUUGAAAUAGUGUUUGAGUUUCCCAGUUCAGUAUUUUCCUAUUUCAGCAGUGGGGGAAAGAAAACCUGUGGCUUGCCGUAGCUCUUUGCUUGCUAUAUUUGCAACCUGGCAUAAAUCAUGUAUUCAUCUCAUUGCCCUUCUCCUUUUGAAUUUAGGCUGAAAAUACCUGCUUUUCAAACAAUUCCAUAAUUCCUACAGUUGUAUAGUAAACAUAGGAGAGUGCUGAAAUACCUAGCAGUUCCUAGACCUUACAGACCUUGCUUUUCAUAAGGGCCAUUUUACUCCCACCCCCAAUCCCUCCUUAAUGCCACCAUACUCAGUAUUUGCAGCUUCUGCUUUUGCCCAGAAAAUUUCUUGGCCUAGCCAGAUUCUUGUUCUCCCUCUCUCUGUCCAAAAGACAGACCAUCCCAGAAUGAAUGGUGGAUGGUUUAUACACUGGAAAUGUACCUGAAUUGUUACCUUUUUGCUUUUCUUUCAUUUAAAAAAAACAACAACACGUUAACUCUAGAGAAGGGAUGGGCAAUUCUGGUUCAGCUUGAUGUCACCCCGACUUUUAUGGAGAUGUCUAAUGUACUGUCAAUGGAUUUUGGCUUCAGGUUCUCUCCUGUUCCCCCUUCUCUCCAGUAGAAGGAUAACCUAUUUAGCCCAAUUCCAUGGCUAAAAGGGUUGGAAGGAACAUCAAAAGGUUGGGGCCCUCUCUGAACAGGUCAGCUGGAUGUCCCCCAGUGUUGCCUGUCCUUACUUUGGUGUUGAACACUCUGGGUUUUUGGAGCAUUAAACCUACCUUCUCUUCGUGGUGGACAAACACACCAUCUCUACUCUGGUCAUGCUGUGCAUGCUGCUUUCUCUGUUGGGGUCUAUAUAAAUCCGUUGAAUUAUUGCCUACAUUCCAAAGAAGUUUCAAGGAACAAUAAAUAUAUGUAUACGUAUAUACAUAUAUAAUAUAAAAUAUAUAUUGUAAUGGAAAUAUCUCCACCAGGAAUACUGCCUCAGUUAUUGAACAUUGUUGUUUUUUUACAUAAGAAUUUUUUUAAGCUGAGAAGUGUAGGGGGGAAAAUGUUAUAUUGUGUUUGACUAUUUUCCAACUUGUAUUUUCAUAUAAUUUAUAUUUUUUAAAAGUGGAAAUUUUAAAAGCAAGAUUUAAAAAAAGGAAAAGCAGGUGCUUUUUAAAAAAUUGGAGCUGAGGUAGCUUAGAGAUGUAGCGAUGUACGUGUCUAUGUUUUAUUGUGUUUUUUUUUUAAGAAAAUGCAAAAAAAGCCAUUUCUUAUGGGGGAGAUUUUUUUUUCCAUUUGUUUUAGUAGCUGAUGCUGGCACAUCAUUUUGCUGGAGAGUUUUUUAUAUACUGUAGCCUGAUUUCAUACUGUAUUUUAAACUGUGUGAGAUUAAAAAAAAAUCAUUCAUAACGA